AUGCUCAAAAUUGACCGUACUACAGCCUUUUCAGAGAAAGGUGGGUUUGCCCGUAUUUGCAUGGAAGUAGACUUGGAGAAACCUUUGCUACCGGCUUUCAUGCACUUCGGUGAGGUGCAUAAAAUCCUAUAUGAGGGGUUACACCUCAUAUGCUUUCGGUGCGGCCAAUAUGGUCAUCACAAAGAACAGUGCCCAACAGGAAUAGUGGAGGCGGAGAAGACUGGUAGCUCGUCCAAUGCACAUUGCUUGCCUUCGGAAUCCAACGUCGGUUCUUCGAUCUCCACCGAGAAGCCGACGGCGGGGACAACAACUGUUAAUGUUGAUAGCAAUAUUUUCGGUCCCCACAUGAUUGUCAAACGUAGUUUCCGCACGAGACUUGCGACUCAUGAUACGGAUAAAUCUCAGACAGAAUUGGUGGCGAAGAAAACGCUAGCUCAACCAGCAGCUGUUACAAUGCCGCAAAAGGUGCAGGGAACUGACAUACAAGUCCAUAAUAAUCAUGAGAGUGACUGGGUCCCAGCUGGUUCAAAAAAGAAACUACCCGGUUCACGUAAGCUUAAAGGAAAGGAGAAUAUUCUAGGGGUUAAACUGUUGGGUCAAUCAAAAGGCAAACGUGAUCUAGGUAAAAAUGAAGCACGUGGGAAACUCAUUCUCUCCAAUCCUUUCUACAUCCUCAACGGUGGGACACAGGAGGGACAAACUAAUACCAGCAGCAAUGCUGGAAUGAUCAUUGAGGCGAUCUCGCAUGUCCAAGCUUCUAAACUUGACGUCGGGGGGGGUCCAACAACAUGUACGACAGACCAAGGGACAGGCUCACGUUCCUUUCCUCAACUCGUUCGGGAAUUGACCUCCUUCUACAGCUUGGAUUUUGUGGCCAUACUAGAAACUCGUUGCAGCGGGGCCAAAGCUGUUGAUAUCAGCAAGAAGUUGGGUUUUCAGUUUUCUGAGAUUGUGGACGCGGAAGGUUUCAGCGGCGGAAUUUGGUGCUUAUGGUCCUAUAAGAUUCGGUGUGUGGAGUGCGUUUCAAAGAGUCCUCAAUUCAUUCAUUUGAAAAUUGAAACUUAUGCGGACCAAGUAUGGUGGUUUACGGUAGUGUACGCGAGCCCAGUAGUGGCGAAACGUCGGCCGCUAUGGAGGGAGCUCCUAGCUCUACAGUGCCAUGUAAAUGGACCUUGGUGCGUUACAGGGGAUUUUAACGCUACUAUUUCAGCCUCGGAGCGCUCUCCCGCUGGGGCUAUAGAUCGCGAUUUUAACUCUUUUGUCUUAGACUCAAAUCUCAGUGAUAUGGGUUUUCUAGGUCCACGGUUUACCUGGAAACGCAACACCUCAGAGAGUCGGAUUGACAGAGUCUUGAGCAACCCUGAGUGGCUAGAUGUCUUUAGGGAUGCCUCGAUUACUCAUCUCCCUUUCUUUAAGUCUGAUCACCGACCUCUCCUCUUAAAGCUUCACAGAGAUGGUGUUCGACAGCAUGGGAAUAGACCCUUUCGCUUUAUUGCAUCCUGGGCGCUUCAUGAGGAUUUUAAAAAAUUUGUCAGGGGUAACUGGAAGAGUCAGGUUCCGUGGACUGAGAAUAUCCAUCAAUUCACGAGCGCCUGUACAACGUGGAAUAAAGAGGUCUUUGGGCAUACAAAUUCUCGAAAGAAAUCCUUACUCUGUAGACUGGAAGGUAUCUCCAGAGUGGAAGCUAGAGUCAGUCUUUCCCCGGAGCUCCUUGAUCUCCAACGCCAACUGGGAAAGGAGCUAGACGAAGUACUCCUACAAGAAUCACUCAUCUGGGCUCAGAAAGCUAGGAGCGAUUGGCAGAUCUAUGGAGAUAAAAAUACUAAGUACUAUCACAACCGAGCAAAUAACAGGCGCAAGCGUAAUUUCAUUGGGGCAAUCAAGAAUGAACUUGGUGAUUGGGUUUAUAAUGCUGAAAGUAUAAAGUCAAUGGCCACCGCUUUCUUCUCUCAUCUGUUCACGGAAGACCAACCCGCUAGAGAGCCUAUUGCUUGCUCAAUUACUUAUCCACCCUUGAAGGAGGAGGAUCAGACUAGAAUGGUAAGAGAAGUGGGAGACAUUGAAAUCAAGGAAGCUUUAUUUUCCAUGGGGGCGCUCAAAGCACCGGGACCGGACGGGCUCAAUCCUCUAUUCUACCAAAGCCAAUGGGACCAUGUGGGAGCUUCUAUCUGUUCUUUUAUCAAACACGUGUGGAGAAAUCCGGAUGGUAUUGCUAAUAUUAAUGAUACUUAUCUCGUACUCAUUCCGAAAGUUGAUCACCCAGAAAUGUUGAGAGACCUCCGACCUAUUGGGCUGUGCAACGUCAUCUUUAAAAUUAUCACUAAAAUCAUAGCCAAUCGACUCAAGCCUUGUUUGUCUUAUAUGAUUAGUCCUACUCAGUGCAGUUUCAUUCCCAGUCGUCAUAGCUCGGAUAACAUUAUUGUGGCCCAGGAAGUGGUGCACUCCAUGCGAAUCAAACAGGGAUAUAAAGGAUUCAUGGCUAUUAAAAUCGACCUUGAGAAAGCUUAUGACAGAGUGAACUGGAAUUUCCUCAUUAACUGUCUCAAUGAGAUGCAAAUUCCUACUCAUGUUACCCAGAUCAUAUCCCAUUGCAUAUCGUUAGCUAAAAUGCAACUUCUUUGGAAUGGGGAAAAGACGGAAGAAUUCAAACCCACCAGAGGGGUCCAGCAAGGGGAUCCUAUCUCCCCAUAUCUCUUUGUGAUAUGCAUGGAGAAACUAGCCCAAAUGAUUCAGGAGAGAGUGAAUAAGAACGAAUGGACCCCAAUCUCGCUGUGUAAGCAAGGCCCUCCUCUUUCUCACUUAUUUUUUGCUGAUGAUAUUAUCUUGUUUUCAGAAGUGUCCAUUCAUCAAGCAGCGGUCAUUCACUCUUGCCUCGAAGAGUUCUAUAGCCGCUCAGGUCUGAAAGUUAACGUGCGUAAAACCCGAGUCUCUUUCUCCAGGAAUGUGAACCAUACCCGGAGGUCCGAAGUAAGCAACAUCCUCGGUUUUCAACUUGCGGCAGAUCUCGGCAAGUAUUUGGGAGCCCCACUCCAUCAUAGAAGAAUCUCUAAAAGCAGUUAUCAAGAGGUGGUAGACAAGGUGAAACAGAGACUGUCCAACUGGAAGGCUAACUCUCUUUCUUUAGCAGGCAGGAUCACUCUGGCAUCUUCCGUAACGUCAGCUAUUCCAGAGUACUCGAUCCAAACUGCCUCCCUGCCUAUAAGCACGUGUGAAGCGGUGGAGAAACAUAAUAGGUGUUUCAUAUGGGGGUCCUCCGAAGGUCACAGGAAACCGCAUCUGGUAGCCUGGGAUAAGGUUUGCACUCCGAAGAAGAAUGGAGGUCUCGGUCUUAAGCAUUUACGCCACCAGAACCAAGCCUACAUGGCUAAACUGGGUUGGAACCUCAUCAAUCGUCGGGAUGCUCUUUGGGUUAAGGUAAUUAGAACCAAAUAUAGAUGUGGGUCUGAUUUGAUACCCACUAUAGAUCACGAAAGACCUGGUUCGAACAUCUGGAAAGGCAUUAAAGACGCUUGGAAAUAUGUUCAGGAGGGGGUUCAGACAACUCAGGGCAAUAUUGAAGCACGAUGGCGAUACGACAGGAACGGUGUCUUUUCUAUUAAGUCAGCUUAUUCUCUCAUUACACAGGACCAGCAGGUUUCGAACCCGAUAUGGAGUAAAAUUUGGAAACUCCAAGUCCUUCAACGGUGCAAGACAUUCAUGUGGCUUUCCCUCCACAAUAAACUUUUGACGAAUCAAGCUCGAGUGGAAAGAGGUAUGGUGACGACCCCAAUCUGCACGUGGUGCGGCUCUCAUUGCGAGAGUUUACUUCAUGUUCUUCGGGACUGUGACGACACUAGAUGCCUUUGGUCUUCCAUGGUCAAAUACAGCUUGUUGGACAGGUUCUUCUCCCUCGAGUUAACGGAUUGGCUACAAUUCAAUAUACGGAACCCCGGGGGCUCCUUCGGCGACGGUUGGAGUGAGUUUUUUGCCACUAUUUGCUGGCUCCUUUGGUCAAGUAGGAACGAGAGAAUUUUCGAAGGCAAGUGGACCCCGAAUGCAAUGCUGAUAGCCAAGGCAAGGCACAUCCUCUCAAACCUGAAACAGGCUGCAACUAAACUCAGAGGCAGUAAUCUCAAUGGUCACCGUGUCACGGUACAGGGUAUUAAAUGGUCCCCCCCUCCACCAGGCUGGGUUAAACUGAAUGUUGAUGGUGCCUUCUCCACGCUGCAUGGAGCCGGCUGUGGAGGGAUUUUGCGAAAUCAUGUGGGUUCCUUCAUCAGCGGCUUUAUGUUCCAUCCUAACGACGGUGAUAGCCUGGCUGCCGAGCUGUGGGCUCUGGUGUGUGGCCUGAAAAUGACGUGGGACUUUGGUUUUAGGAAGGUUAUCGUCGAAACUGAUGCCUCUGAAGUGAUUCGCUUGUUGUAUCAUUCUUCAGAUAAGGACCAUCAUCUUCUCCAGUUGAUUUCUGAAGCUCGCUCUAUGGUUGAUCGCUCUUGGGAGGUGGAUCUGGGUCUCAUUCCGAGAUCAACUAACGAGGUAGCCGACCAUCUAGCCAAGAAGGCGCUAAGGACCGCCCCUGGUUUGCAUUUGUUCUCAUUCAUGACUGAGGAGUUGCGUGAGUUAGUAAUGAAGGAUUACACCGUGGAGGCUGCCACUUUUAGUUAG